CGGGUCGGGACACCCCAGGGCUUGAAAGCAGAGCUGGGACCCGGCCCCGGACAGCCGCGGGGUCCCCGCCGCUCCCCUCCCCCGCUCCCGCUGCAGCGGCGGCGCAGGGGACGAGGGGAGGGCCGGCCAGGGGCGGCAGCCGCAGCUGUCCCCUCCCACCUCCCCGCCUGCGCGAGCUUCCCCGCGCCGCGCUCCCGCCGCAGCCGCGCUUCCCCGCGCCAGCGAGCCAGCGAGCGAGCGGGCGAGGCCAGCGCGGGGGCCGGGCCGCUUCCUUCUCGCCACCGCGGCGUCCUGGGGCGGGCUCCGGCCGCGAUGGCAGAGGCUGAGCGGGGCUGAGCCCGCAGCCGCCUGCAGCCUUCGGGCCCCCUUGAGUCCCUGCCAUGGCGAAACAGUACGAUGUGCUAUUUCGGCUACUGCUGAUCGGGGACUCCGGGGUGGGCAAGACCUGCCUGCUGUGCCGCUUCACCGACAACGAGUUCCACUCCUCGCAUAUCUCCACCAUCGGUGUUGACUUUAAGAUGAAGACCAUCGAAGUAGACGGCAUCAAAGUGAGGAUACAGAUUUGGGACACAGCAGGGCAGGAGAGGUACCAGACUAUCACAAAACAGUACUACCGGCGAGCCCAGGGAAUAUUUUUAGUCUACGACAUUAGCAGCGAGCGCUCUUAUCAGCACAUCAUGAAGUGGGUCAGUGACGUGGAUGAGUACGCUCCAGAAGGCGUCCAGAAGAUCCUCAUCGGGAAUAAGGCUGACGAAGAACAGAAACGGCAGGUGGGGAGAGAGCAAGGGCAGCAGCUGGCUAAGGAGUAUGGCAUGGACUUCUACGAAACAAGUGCCUGCACCAACCUUAACAUUAAAGAGUCCUUCACUCGUCUGACCGAGCUGGUGCUGCAGGCUCACAGGAAAGAGCUGGAUGGUCUCCGAACAUGUGCCAGCAAUGAGCUCGCACUGGCCGAGCUGGAGGAAGACGAAGGCAAAACUGAAGGCCCAGCAAACUCUUCAAAGACCUGCUGGUGCUGAGGGUCCCAUGUGGAAUCCCCCUCCCCCAGUCCCCUUCCCUCAGGAGGCCCAUGGAGGCAGGGAGUCUGGGCUUUGUCCAUCACUGUCCUUUCAUUUGAAGAUCCUGUUGAAAACCAGUAGCUGCUACUCCCCUGCCUGGCCCUGUGAGCAGCUUUGCUGUGGUCUCCGAGCAACCUCUGUCCCCAGCCCUGCUAUCCUGGAGUGGUAACCUUUCAACCUGUUUCCCAGCCGCAGGCCUGCUGUGACCCCAGAAUGUGCUUCGACCAUCUCACCACCCCAGGCUCUUGGGACAACGGUCAAGGCUGGAGUCAAAGCCACUUAAAGACUCCUUUAGUGCAUCUCGUGGGCUCUCUGCUUUUUCUCUUCUUUCUUCUCUUUCUCCAGUCCCUUCCUCCCCAUGUAUUUUGCGUCCACGUCAUCCACGUCUCUCCUCCCUAGCCUGUGUGUCCUGCUGAUGCAGUUCCUUUCUUCUUUCCUUCCUGAUUCUGCCUAAGGGAAUGGACCCAGGCUCUGCCCCAGGGAGGAUGGCUCACCCUGCUCUGGGCUGGGCUGAAGGCUAAGGGUGCUUCUUCCUCCUCCCCUCCCUGCUGCCCCUCUUUGUGCCAUGGGCUGCCUCCCCAAUGGCCUGGGAGGUAGAACACUGAGGUAGGAAGGAAACACUACGAGGUGGUCCCCAAGCCUGGACUGGCCUCUUCUGCCUUUGCCUUCUGCUGGAGUUUUGGCCUUGCCUGGCUGCCUACGUGCCUCUGUGAGGACCUGAGUCCAGAGGCAGGCACCGCAGAGAAGAAGAUGACAAGAUGGGGUGGCGGGGAUUAAGUCACUCUGUUCUCUACCUCCCAUGCAGCGAGUGCACAGCCUUUUCACCCAGGUUCGUGGAUUUAAAGAUGGGAUCAAGGCCUGAGGACGCCAGAGGGCAAGGGGAUCCCCGGGGUCAGACACUGUGUAGUCAGCUGUGAGCUUGAGUUAGAGGCCAGAGCGGAUGCAAAGGGCUGGCUCCUAGAUGGCAGGGUUAGGGCAAGAGCAGAGGGGGCUUCACAGAACAGUGAGUGCUGUGCUGACAGCAGGGCGGUCCCGUGUGAGGACAUUUACCCAGACUCCCUGGCAGAGGUCACAAGUGAUGUAGUCAAUCACUCCUCGUUCACUGAACCCAGCCUUCAGAAGUUAAGGUUUUCCCCCAGAGUCCGUGGACAACAGGCCUUAAACAUGGCACGAGAAGGGCGGGUAUGGGUAGAAUACUUGGUGCUGUUCUGCCUUCCAGGACUCCCUCCCCCUUGUUCCCUUACUUCUAAGUCUAAGGCUGAAGCUUUGCCAACUGCUGAGUGGCUACUCAGGGAGGGAAGGACACCCUCCUCCAGAGUUCUAUGCUCAGGAAGUUUCUUUAACCCUGUGGUCCAAGAGUAGCUUGAAGGAGGCCCCUCAGAAAAAAAAUGAAAGCAAAAAACCAACCCUGGUAGGGUUUGUCCUUACAUUCCCAAGGUGGGAGGAGCUCAGGUAAGAGAAUAGUCCCAAGAUGCACUUCAAGGCUGGGGCUGGAGCCAAAGCAAAGGAGGAGCUGGGCUCUGACGAGCAUUCACUGACUGACCAGGGAUUUUUUUCAAAUCCAGGGCACAGCGGUGAUGACAGAGAGCCUCACGCCUUUUUAGUCCUCUAAAAAGGGAGAUGGGGAUGAAAGCAAUGGGAAUUCCUUCCUGACUUAGCAAGCCAGGAAGCAUUCAGCGGGAGAGAGCAGCUCAGGAUUUCUGGUGGAGGGAAAGGAGACCGGGAAUAGUAGGCCAUUGUUCACUAAAGACAGACAGGGUGUUGGCUCGAAGCCUGGACCAUGACUGGCUGAGGUGGCUUCCCUGGGGACUGACUCUUAGGUAGUAGCAAGUCCUAGGUAGACUCACACAACAGUGAGCAGACCUGCCUUCAGCCAGGGACCCGAGGGGAGCUUCUACAGGGCACUGGCCCUAACCUGUGGCAAGUGUUCUUCUUGUCCCAGCCCCUCAAGCAGGGACUUGAUUUUUACUACCCUGGGGAUUCUGGGAGGGACUCUGUACCAUGGUCACGGCUCUGAAGUACAGCGACAGGAGACUGGGAUAUGAAGAACAUCUGUGCUCACUCUCUUCUGGAGUUCGCCUCACCCUAACUGCCUGUCUGGGAAGUGGCUUGGACUGUGUCACUGGCCUUGACUGUUCAGCAGGCUUUCCUGCCUGUCUGCCUGUCACCCGAGAUCAGCUCCCCCUGGUACAUCACCCGAGUCCCACAAUCUCCCCGUGAUGGGUGAACUUUGUGUACCGUGUCUUGGGUUCAUUAUAUGAAUUGUGAGCAGGGUUCAUCUAUUUUAAACACAAAUGUUUACAAAAUAAAGAAUCUUUCAAACCAUA